CCAUUCAUCCCUAAUGCGAAACACAAUUAUGUCCACUAGGUGGCGGUAACGAGAACAAAAGUCUAAUUUGCCAUUACAAACUGAACUAGAAGAAGCUCCUAUCAUGGACGGUGAUAAGAUCAUUGCAUAUGUAUUGUGCAUGUAACAGUAGAAAGGCAUUAAUAAAAAUAGUAUUAUGGUUAUUACAGUGAGUUCCUAUUAUUUUUUUAGCAUGUGCAUGGUUCUGUUUAUUAUGAGUUGUCUGCUUUGACGGUAAUAUUUGAUGUUAGCUUUGGGCAGCAUGAUAUGAAUCAAGGCUAUGGAAGAAGUAAGAAAUUGUUUGAGAGACUUCCCAGAAGAAGCUCGAGAGCUUUACUUGAAUGAGUCAGUACCAUAUCUGGAUGGACCGCUCUCCCCUUUACAGUUCUAUCGAGACUGGAUCGGCACUAAUAAGCCGUGUAUUAUCCGCAAUGCUUUCAAUAACUGGCCGGCUUUGUCUAAAUGGAGCCCAACCUAUCUCAGGCAGGUUGUUGGCUCCAAGAUCAUCAGUGUUGCUGUUACACCAAACGGUUAUGCAGACGCCGUUAAUGGAGAUCGCUUUGUGAUGCCAGAAGAGCGCCAGAUGACUUUCUCAGACCUGCUGGACAUUAUAGAGGGCAGAGAAAAGAGCAGUGGUGUGUUCUAUGUCCAGAAACAGUGCUCAAAUCUGACCGAGGAGCUGCCAGAGCUUACAGGAGACGUUCAGACUCACAUCCCCUGGAUGAGCGAGGCGCUGGGAAAAAUGCCAGAUGCUGUGAAUUUCUGGUUGGGAGAAGCGCAUGCAGUCACAUCUAUGCACAAAGACCACUAUGAGAACCUUUACUGUGUCAUCUCUGGAGAGAAGACGUUUAUUCUACUCCCUCCCACCGAUCGACCCUUUAUACCAUAUGAACUGUACCAGCCUGCUACAUACAAGCAGAUGCAAGAUGGCCACUUUGAAAUAGUGGAUGAAGAGAAUUCAGAAAAAGUGCCUUGGAUUCCCUUGGAUCCUCUAAAUCCCGACUUGGAACGCUUUCCCUACUACAAACAGGCCCGGCCCCUGUGCUGUACUGUAAAAGCAGGAGAGAUGCUUUACCUCCCCUCACUCUGGUUCCACCAUGUCCGCCAGUCUCAUGGAUGCAUAGCAGUGAAUUUCUGGUACGAUAUGGAUUAUGACAUCAAGUACAAUUACUUUCAACUGGUGGAAUCUCUAACUAGAGUUGUGGGUUCACUAUGAAGCCGUCCCCUUGAACAAAUCGUCUUCAAAGUGUGAAAAGUGGUGACGGGACACAAAUACACUCCUAAUAAGACAAGAGUGCAUUACAACGUACCCUGCACACCUAAAUUACCUUGGCAUAAUUUAAGGUCACCAAUCCAGCAUUUGUUUUUGCGAAGUGGGAGGAAACUGGAGAGCUAAGAAGAAACCCACACAGAUAUGAGAAGAAUACACAAACCUUCAUCUAUACAGAGCUCAGGCCCUGAAGCUGAGAGACAGCAAAAAACCUAUAGUAUAGACAUUAUUGAGUUGAUGCAAUAAAUACAGUUUUAUUGACUA